AUGGCUAAUCAAGAAGAUACCGAGAAGAGACAACGGACUUCAGAAACAAUCACCAUUUCUGUUGUACGAGGAAGAAAUUUGAAAAGUACGAAAAAUGAAACGUUGACAUCUACUGUAAAAAUAGAAUUUGGGCAUAAUGUAAUUGGAGAAUCCUCAAAAAUCGAAGGAAAAUCAGACUACACCGUCGAUUAUAAUUAUAAUGCAUCAUGGUCGUGCUCCUUAAUUGAUCCCUUAGCUCUUGAUGAUUUAGUUUACAAGCCCGUUAUAGUUAGCGUAACGGAAGUUUUAUCACGAGAGAGAAAACAGAAGGAAGAACGAAGUAUUUUAUUAGGCCAAACUUGCAUCGAUUUGUUACCACUAUUGAAAGGUGAGGAAAGGUUUACUGUGCGUCAACCUUUAUUUCCACCCAAUCCACAUGCUGAUGGUCACACCGAUACAUUUUCCAAUCUUCCACAGAUAGAAGUGGAAAUAUCAACUGCUGAGCCAUUACUUUCUGAGUCAGAAAUUGCUGGAAGUAACAUGUUUAGCUUUAGAGUUGAGUCAGCUUACGCUGUUCCUGAAGUAUGGCAUCAGAGUAAUUUAGCGUAUCAUUACGUAACUGCAACCCCUAUUCCGGUUAGUCAAGAUAAAGAAGUGUACGUUACAAUUGCUAACGGCAACUUGAAAAGUGCCAUGGAAAGAGAAGGGCCUGGAGCUCAGAGAAAAUGGGCUAGUACCAUCAAUAUAACAAAUCAUGCAAGCUAUAUUAUCAAUAGCAACUUACCAGUCGUUCCAUUCAAAGAUGAAGACGGCGAUCUAACAAAAAGAGAGGAUCAUCAAUUUCGAGUGGAAUGCGAAACCGACAGAUCACGCGUUACCUGGAACGCAGAGAGACGCUGCUGGAUGGAUUCAGAUGCCGUUUCUAUCUUUAAAACUAGGAUUGCUCAUCAUCGGGUUUGGCCUAUUGAAAUUAUGAAAGUUUUACCACAAACACAAACAAAGACGAGGAAGGGUGCUCAUGAAGAAGAACUAUCAAUACAUUUCCAUGGCGUUGCUUACGUUGAUUUUGCUCCUUUAUUAUACCCUGGAGCUCAAAGACUUCGUGGUGCAUAUUUAGUACAACCCUUUUCAGAGAGUGAAAUACAGGAUAAGGUCGAACAUCGUAGUAUUGCUGAUGAAGCGGCACAAAUUGUUAGCGGUUUAAAUCGCAGCGUUACAUCUGCUAUUGGCAAAAAAACUAAGAAAACUACACAGUCGGUUACCAAUAAACAAUCCGACGGAACUGUUGCUGAUGGUGAUGGAACUGGAACUGAAGCACAAGCUUAUCUUGAAAAUAAGACGUUCAUCAUGAUAGAGAUAUGCUUAGACAAACCGCUUGUACCUAAACGACCACCUUCAUCUCUAGCAAAGAGAGUUUCAGAAUAUAUUCCACCACGAUCAAUUUUUCCAACGCGUAUUAGAAGUGCUCAAAAAACUUUAGACAGUUAUCACAAACAAGUUGAUCACGUUGCCAAGUUAAUAUUAAAUGAGUAUCGGCUUCUGAAUAAAGGCAUUUUAGGAAAUCAUCAUAUGCCUCAAGAUACAGAAAUUGUGGAUGAGAGGCGAAAGGAGCUACUUUACGAACUAAAUACUUCUGGAAAGUAUUUUGCUUUCAAAGAACAGAUGAAGCAUGCAAUAGUGAAGGUUGUACGAGAAAAGUUUCUAAUAACGAAACCUUUCGAAGAUAAAGAUCAACUUAAUAAUUUUCUGAGUGAACUAUAUUCUUACUUAAUCGAUGAAAUGCAUGUUGGCUUAAGCAAGGCAUUAUCAAUGAAAGAUGAUGCACCACCUCCAGUUACUGUGAUUGAUGCAAACAUGAUGAAACACUUUGCUAAGGAAGCUGAAGAGAAUGGAAAUUAUGAACUAGCAGCAAGAUAUUAUCAAGAACGACUUGCAUGUAAUAAGAAUGAUCCCUGUCACUGGUUCGAUUAUGGUACAUUUUGCUUACUAAUCGGCGAUAUCAAUAAGGCGGAAGAAUGUUUUAAAGAAGCACUAACAAUUAAUCAACAAUUUGUACCUGGUUUAAUCCUUUAUGGCAUUGUUUGUCAUAUGGAUGAGCGAAACGACGAAGCAGAAACAUUUUUAGAAGCGGCGACUACCGUGGAACAUGAUAAUAUCUUGGCAUGGACAAUCUUAGGUUUAUUUUAUAACAGUAUCGAAAAGGAGAUAUUCGCCGAAAUGGCAUUAAAAGAAGCUUGUAGAUUAAAUUUAUUACAAGCUGAAAAAAUCGAUUGCAAUAAUCUGGAAACGACCAGUGAUGAUCAUCAGCUGAAUAGUGAUGCUAAAUUGAAUAAAGAUAAGGAUAAAGAAAUUGCUCUUGAAGCUACGGAAUCACAAAGCAUAGAAGCAGAAAUAAGCCGAACUGUAGCUGAAAGUGACAAGCACGAAUCACCAGUCGGCGAUCAUCAAAUCCCAAGUACUCAUUCCUUGGAAGCAGCACCAUCGCAUUCAUUGAAAGUAUCGAAUACAACGAGCAAGAAGGGUACAACACAAAAACGAGGUAGUAGACAAGGAAAAUCUGGAUUAUCGAAUAUCGCCGCUAACAAAAAUAGAGCUCAAUCAGCGCUUAGUGGCGGGUGGUCUAACCCAGACACUGAGAUUGGUUCUUUCCCUGCUGGAGUAGUUCAACCGACUGAGAUUCCUCCACCACCACCACGUCCUAUAACCCCUAUACCUGAUCAAAGCACGUAUAUGCGUGCUGCACAGUUUCUUCUUCGAGUUAAUGCCUUUCAGAUGUGCGAAAAAGCCUUAGGAGCAGAAUUAAUUCAGUAUCCUAAAAGCGAUCUUCCAACGCAGUAUUACUUACAUUUAGCUCAACUUAAGCUUCAAAUGAAACAGUACGAUGUGGCUGAAAGAAAUAUUGAAGAAGCUUUAAUCCAUGACUAUACUAACUCCAAUUGUUGGGCUAUACUUGGCCAUAUCAAAUACUUAACCAGCAAUUAUAAGGAGGCACGCAGCGCUUAUGAACGAACUCUAGCUCUAAUAGAUACUGCAGAUAAUAUGCAUAUUAUCUAUCUAAGAUUGGCAUCAAUAUAUCUGGGUGAAAAAUUGUAUGAAAAUGCCAAGAAUACAUUCUUGCUGGCUUGUAAGCAUUCGCCAUCCUGCUUAUCCUGGCUAGGCGUUGGGAUUGCUUGUUACAGGAUGGGAGAUUUAUCGGAAGCAGAAGAAGCUUUAUCUGAAGCUAAUGUUUUAAACAAUCAUGAUGCAGAAGUAUGGGGCUAUCUUUCAUUGGUCUGCUUAAGGACCAAUCGGGAAGAGGAAGCUGAACAGGCUUAUAAAUAUGCGCUAAAGGUUGGAUUAUCCAAUAAAGAAUUACUUCAAGAGAUUAAUGAACAGCAGAAAGUGAUCGGAUUUGGAAAUCCUCUUGUAUCUACUAUAUUAUCACAGUAA